AUGUUGUCAGGUUGGACGACGCAUGAAAGGCUAUCUUGUCCUUACUGUAUGGGAAGCACAGACGCAUUUCAGCUGAAAAAUGUCAGGAAGACGUCCUGGUUUUACUGUCAUCGGAGAUUUCUUCCCAUUAAUCAUUCGUACCGAAGGAACAAGAAAUUGUUUCAGUCAAAAAGGGUUGUACGAGACACUGCUCCGCCAUAUUUAUCUGGAGAGGAAAUCGAGAAGGAUAUUGAUUACUAUGGUGCACAAGACAUAGUCAAGAAAAUGGGUAAUUGGCAUACUACUGCAAAUAUGUCUGAUGGUUACGGGACACAGCAUAAUUGGCACAAGAAGAGUAUAUUUUGGGAACUUCCAUAUUGGAAAAAUCUACUUCUACGCCACAAUCUUGAUGUGAUGCAUAUAGAGAAGAACUUCUUUGACAACAUCAUCAAUACAUUGUUGAACGUCCCCGGGAAGAAAAAAGAUAACAAGAACUCAAGGUUGGAUUUGCCUGCAUUAUGUUCUAGGAUUGAGCUGCAUAUUAGAAACGAUGGAAAAUUCCGGUUCCCAUUUUCAGAUUGUCAGCAGAAGCAAAAGCAGCGUUGUUCAAGUGGGUGGCAUCAGAUGUAA